UAAAAUAUUUAAAUAAGUAUGUUUCAAUAAGUAGUUAUAAUGUCUUUUUCAUUUGGAACGACGUCAAGUGCUCCAGCCACUUCGGGACUCACUGGAGGUUUCAAUUUUGGAAAACCUGCUACUCCGGGAUUUGGUCUUGGUUCUACGACAACUCAGCCCUCUACCGGUUUAUUUGGGACUCCUGCGACCUCUGCGCCUACUUUUGGCACCGGUACACCUGCCUUUGGCGCCACAGCUACUCCAGCAUUUGGGGCAGCGUCAGCAACUCCUGCUUUCGGUGCAACGUCAACUGCCCCUUCCUUUGGGACGUCGGCUACGCCAGCUUUUGGGGCUAGUUCUGUAGCUCCUACAUUUGGUUCAACAACAACACCAGCAUUUGGGACCACAACAGCUGCUCCAGCAUUUGGUACAACAUUCGGUGCAACAUCUGCACCUACUUUUGGUUCAACAACAACACCGGCAUUUGGCACAACCACCAAUUUAUCCCUGGGCACUGGACUUGGUACUGGUGGCCUGAAUUUUGGUGCUGGAACUAAUACUUCUACAGCUGCUACAGGCCUGUCAUUUGGGACCACAACUACAGCAGCAGCUAGUACAGGUCUCGGUGGCUUGGGAGGUUUUGGAUUUGCUUCCACAUCAACACCAAGCACAGGCCUAGGCUUGUUUGGAGCAACUAGCACAGCAACAACAUCUACCAGUUUCUUGGGGGCAAAAUUAGGCACAACUACUGCUACUGGAACACAGCCAUCAAUUUCAGCUGCACCAAGUUUUGGUUUGGGUGGUGUAACGCCAGCAGCUGGUGUUGGCACUGGCAACACCGCAGAUGCAAAAACCGAGUCCCCAAAGCAAACAAAACUUCCAAAUGAAAUAUCCACUACAGUGGACUCCUUCAAGGAGUUUGUGAAGAAACAAAAGUCCCUAAGCUCUGAGGUCAUGCGUGUUUCAAUCAAACCAUUGCACACGGUGUCACGAGAGGCGGAGGCUACGUUGCGGUUGGCGCUGUCGCUGGGUAGUGAGGUGGCGCGUGGUCGGGCGCAAUCUCGUCGGCUGAGAUCUUCUGCCGCCGGCGCGCUCGCUGCCGCUGAGGAUGCUGCCGCUGCCGCUGCGGCAGGUAUAGAGCUAGAAAGUACUCCACCGCCUAUCUACGUGAAGGAACUAAUAUCGGAGUUGGAACAGCAAUUAAUAACGUUCAGAAGGCAAAUGGACGUGGCUGACAAACAAAUGCAGUCAUCACCCAAAUUGCUGACUGAACAAGAGUUGACAUUAGGAAUCCGGCGUAUGCAUGAAUCGCUAGUGGCCUUGGCUGGGCGGCUGCAAGCGGUGCAUACACAGGUGGAGGGUCAAAAAGAACAGUAUCUCAAUCUACGCAAGUACAUCUUGAAAGAUCCUACGAAUGUGUUCGAGACACCAUCACCCAAUAAUAGCCUCGAUCAAAUAUUGAAGGAUGCUGAAGGUUCCAAGAAGAGAAUAAAAACAGGCAACAUGAGUGAAGUUAGUUUCGGUAGUGCCGUUCUAUCGGAUCCCCGAGCUGUUUUAGGAAACAUACAGCAGUUGGCUGGACCAACGCCAUUCAGUUAUCUUGGAAACACACUAUCUCCAUUUCCUGGGGCUGACGCAAGUGGCCCUGGCUGGCAGCCCCAACAGCAACCUAUAUCAAACACAUCAUUGAAUGUCUCCAGUUUUGGCGUUGCUCCAGCCACAGAAACUAGCACUUUCCAGCUUCAGAAACCACCGGGCAAGCGUGGGAAACAAUGAUAUUGGCGAUAAACGCUGACAAACAGCGGAUAAUAAAUUAUAUGUACUAAAAGACAAUUGAACUAUUUUGUGCUUAAUAUAACGGAUACUAAUUACUAGUACAUUCCGUGGACAAUCAAUUUGUAGUGUCAUGGAUGAUCAAUAAUAAUAUCAGGGUAUAAAAUUUUAAAAUUAUGUGAUUGUUAUAAUCCUAUAUUGUUGUAAUCGUUCAGUGAUACAUGAUUAGCCUUUAACAUAAUAAGAAGGAAGAUGUUAGUCUGCUAUAACAUACACAAGCAGCUGGGUGUAGUACAGUAAUUCCCCCUAUAACACGGUAGAUUAGUUCCGCGUUAUAGGAGUAUUCCUGUAUAACGGGGUUUAAAUCGAAUAGUUAGAAUAAACUAUAUUAAGAACGAAAUAUAUACGUUUUAUUAAAAUCUGAAUUAAACUAUGAACAUUCUAAAUAAAAAAACUUAUGCAUAUGUAAACUAAAAAGUCUAAUUAUGAACUAUACAAAACCAAUCAUCAUAAUCAACAUGAACAAAUUAUUAUAAAUGUCACAGUACAGAAAUAUAAUAUGGAAAAUACCUGUGUUAUAGCCUUACGUUAGUUUACGGGGAAUUGAAAUCCGCGUAAUAUGAAAAUGCGUUCUAAGAGUAUAGUGUUAUAUAUAUAAGGGGGAUUACAGUAUUUUAUUUUGAACACUAUUAAUAUAAGUUGUAAAGAACCACGAAAAUAGUUUGAAUUUUAUUUUGUGGUUUCAUUCUAACGUAUUGGUAUGAUCUUUGUUGCAUUAAUAUGUGGUUACAAAGGUUACAAAAUACAAAUUAUCAGAAAUAUGUAUUUUUACAAAACAGCACAAAUUAAUUAGUGAGUGAAAGCCAAUAGAUUGCGCUUAAUAAAUAAAGCAUAAAACAAACUAUAGAAUAAGUACAUGUUUUAUGCAUUUAUAAAAUGUAUUCAAGACUCAAGUGCCAAUAAGUCUGUCAUAUCUAUAGUUAGUUCUGUCUGUCAUAUAGGUAAGUUCUAUGAAAAUAUGACAGUUUAUUUUUAAUAUUUAAUUUGUAUUUAUACGAAUGUAACUUACAUAAACUUACAGUUACUUCUUAGACGAUAGUCUUGGAUUGUAGUACUCACAUGGUACAAACAUUUGUAUGUUUGAGUCAUUUGUGUAUGUAUUUGUCUGGAUGUUUUUUAUGAAUGUUAUGUAUAUUUAUAAAAAAAAUGUAUUUAAAUAUUUCUAUAUUUUAUAGAAACACGUCGAUGUGUUCUGGAUUAUUAUUAGUAUUACUUUAUAAUUAAGAUACGUAUCUGUCUUUCUGUCUGUACGGAUGUAAACUUAAGCUAUGGAUUUAGAAUGAUUACCUUUUUUUUUAUGAAGUUGGACUUGAGUACUAGUCGCAAGCAAAGCUAGUAAUGUAAGACUGUACUCAUCUCUUCCUGCUUUCAUAUAGUUUUAUGUUGUCUGACAACAUUAGUGUGAAAAGGUGUAUAUUAGAAUACAUAUGAAUUUGACGGCCUUGGUGGUCUAGCUGUAUACCACACCGCUGGUCGCGGGUUCGAUUCCUCGCACGGCAUAAACAUUUAUAUUUAUGAGUACGAUUGUUUGUAUGAGUCUGGAUGUUUCUAUGUACUAUGUAUUUACGAAAAGAUAUUGUAUUUGAAUCAGUUAUCUAGUACCCAUAACACAGCUUUAGCUAGCUUAACUUCGGUCUAGAGGGCGCUGUGUGAAUUGUCCUGAGAUUAUUAUAUGAGGCAAUUGUUAAAAUUGAAAGAUGAUAUUAAAAUUAAUUGUAAAUGUAAAAUUGGUUUGGUAUCGUAAUUGAAGUAGAAUUUGUAAAAAGUCAUCUGCUUACAUCAGCGUCACUUGUUUUAGCCGCUAAGCAGCUUGUUAAGUUGGUUUCGGUUGAAGGGUGAAAUAAGGCAGCAAAAUUACAUGAUGAGGCAUGACAUCUUAGUCAGGCAUCGCAUGAGCAAUGUUGCGUACGUCCCAUGGUAACUUGAUUUCCCGCAGUGCUGUUCAUAUACAUAUAUGAAGAUUACCACAUACUGUCAGUAGGCUGUCAGCUUAAUUAAGAUUCCAAUUAUAAUACGUAAAAACUAUGAAAUUUGAUAAAUAGCUUAUUAGAGCCAUCCCCAUGAUGGGACUUUCCGUCCCGGUGAUGAGUUCCCUUAAGAUAAUAGAAUAGUAAAGAAAUAAUGUGGGUGAGUUUGCGGCACUGCGUAUUGU